AUGCUGCCGCUGCGUGUGCGAAGGCAAGGGAGUAAGGUGAUGUCGACGGUGAAGAGGCAGAGGUGGUGCUCGGCUGUGGAGAAGAGUAGAAGCUGCCGCCGGUGGUCUCGGUUUCGGAAGAGGAGGAGGGAAUUCGGUGGUUCGGCGGUCGAUGGUGAAGAGGUGGAGAAGAUGGUGGCGUUCGGUGAUGAUGGGCUACGUGGAGGUUAUGGAAGCAAUCGGCGGUGCGUGGAUGAAGAAGAUGAUGGUGCUGCCGACUGCUUCGUGGCGUUGGAGGAGAGCAAGGAGGUCGGCGGUGGAUUGGUUUGCAGCGGCAAGGUGGAAUAUUUUUGCAACCGUAAGGUCAUGUCGUCGAGCAAUGCUGGGUCUCGAUUGUUUGGUGACGAAGAUUCUUUUGUCAUUGUGAAUUCAGAUGAGGACGUCACUGCUACUGCUGCCCCUCAGAAGAAAAAGAAGAGGAUCGUGAAGGUGGGCGAUAGGGCGAAAUCCAAGAAAACUAAGACGGAUGCGCCCUCGAAGGAAACCACACAGCUGGGUAUCGAGAUGGUGCCCCUUGGCACUGAGUCUGUUCAGAAACCUGUGCCGGAAGCAGGGCCAAGCAUAGUUCCCCCCCGUGGCGGAGAAAGGGAAGGGCCCCUCGUGAGAGAGGCAAUAGUCUUGCCCCCUCAGCUGUUCGAGGGAGGCUCGUCUAUGGUAGUUCACACCUUUAGCAACCCACCGUCAAUCGAGUGUCCUAUUCUCGAGGAAUUCGUUACUCAGCUGAAUGAAGCCGACAGCCUGAGACUGAAAAGUGCGGCCUCAAUGGCCUACCUAGUGCAGUUAAGGAAGCUUCGAGAAGACCUGGCUACAGCUCGGGCGGAAAAGGACGAGGCGUUAUUCGAGGUGGUUACCCUCGAGGAGAAAGCUCGCCAAGUUCAGGCUAAGGAGGCUGAAAUUGUCGAGGUGCAGGCUAAAUAUGAUGAGCUUGACGAGAAGAUGAAGUCGUUUGCUAGCCUGCACAUUUCCAAGGAGGAACUACAUCAGUGGUGUACGACCUUCAUGAAUAAAAUGAUGUCUACAGGAGGGAUGGUUGUAGCCCUCGAGGAGAUGAACUUGGUUGCCACCAAGUGCGGAGCGCACCGAGUUGGCGUGGCAGAGUUGAAGAGGCUCGACCAGGACAGGCCGAUUAAGGCAAAAUGGUUCAAGCAGCUCCUGAUGAAGGACCCGAAGAAAACCAUGCACGAAGCCAUGGUAAAGGUCUUGACAAAGUUGAGCCUCGAGCAGCUUCCUCUAUGGAGAGCUUUAACCGGUGCCAUGGCGAAGAUGAGUUCCCCUGCGGAGAUUGCCUCGUUCCCAGGCGACGUUCCUACUAUCCUGGGCAAGGGUCCAAGUGAGGAAGACCCUAUACCCGAGGUACCCGACGAAUACAUGGGCAUCGAGCUCGAGGACGCCGAUGAAGCCACCGAGGAGGACGUUGCUGACACCGGCCAUUCUGGUGUCCAGAGAACUGUCGAGGACGCCUCCCAGGACCCUUCUAAGGACCUUCCAAGGACCCUCCUCAAGGCAGUGAUGCUCCUCGAGACGGUGGCACACUUAGAGAAUGACCUGCUCGAUGCAAUUAGGACGCACAAUGUAAAGGUUAACCAGUAUCUGAUAAACGAGAUUAAAGGACUCCGCGAGGAGAUGCAACGUCGAGAUGUUCAAAGCCUGAAAGACCACAGUGAUUCUUUGACUCUCGAGGCCGAGAUUCACGAUGAGCUGGUUACCUUGGAGAAAGAGAAUGCUCGGCUUAGGGCAAGACAGCAGAUUACUGUGUCUCCCUGGUUUCUCGAGAAGCACCAAGUGUUAGCCCGAGUCCAGCACAUGAUUAUGGGCAGGACUCGCCGUUUUAUCGCAGCCAUGGAUAUACUGAAAGAGAGAUCUCGUGAGAUCGAGCUUCUUACAGACUAUAUUGCCGAACUGCAAAAUCUACUACUAGAUAACAACAUUGACUUCAAGGUGUUCGAGCGUCCAGAGGAAACCGUGGAUCCUCGAACUCGGAGUUCUCGAGAAGAGCUGUUGAUGAGGGUGCAUGCUCAGGACACAGAGAUCGUGGACCUUAAGGAUAAAUUGAAUCAAUGUGUGAAUCUCGUUAGCCUACAUGGAUAUAAGGGGAUUAUUCAUCCCUCCCCCGACAAUCCUAUCAGGGAGGUCCUUGUAAUAGUGUAG